UUGACGUCAUUCACAGGAAGCGGCAGAAUAGUGCAUUCAGCGGUACUAAUUUGAGUCGACGAGGUUGCGUCAUAUUUAACUUUAAAAUAGCCAUUUUGUAGAAGUUUAUAGAACAUAUUAAACUUAUUCAAUUCUGAAGGGUACAUUUAAUAUUACGACCAGAUAUAACAUUUUUCCUUUGAGUGUUUUCAUCGUCACAGAGUGAUUCCACGAUGCCGAGAGGAGGCAGAAAGAGCCAUAAGGGCCGUGGGAAGCAGUUCAGCAACCCUGAGGAGAUUGAUCGGCAGAUGAAAGCUCAGAGGGAACUGGAGGCGAAAGAAGGGGCUGACCGUGAAAGUUCAGAAUCUGAGGAGGAGAGCAGCAGUGACGAUGAAGAACCUAAAAGGAAAGGUGUAGAAGGAAUAAUUGAAAUCGAAAACCCGAACAGGAUCUCCCAGAAAAGCAAGAAGAUUGUGGAAGUAGAUGUCAAUGCACCUAAAGAGCUUUCGCGUCGAGAAAGGGAGGAGAUUGAGAAGCAGAAGGCUAAGGAGCGAUACAUGAAGCUGCAUCUUGAGGGUAAGACAGACCAGGCUAGGGCAGACCUUGCCAGGCUGGCUAUUAUCAAAAAACAGAGGGAGGAUGCUGCAAAAAAGCGAGAAGAUCUAAGGAAAGAAAAAGAAGCAGAAGAGGCAAAGUCGAAACGCUAGCCCGAGCAUCAUCAUACAGGACGGGGCUUUUCUGGGGAGGGAAGGGGGAGGGAAGGGGACUAGUUGUUUAGAGAAAACAGCUCAGGGGUAUCCAUACUUGUCAUCCUUCCAUCUAUUCAAGGUUGGAGGGGCAUUUGGACAUUUAUAGGAAGUCAAAUGGGAGGUGGUGUUGGAGUUUGUUGGGUUAUUAUUAAUUUUCAAAACCACCAAACUUCACUCACUUUAUCCCUCCCCUGACAUAUUCACUGUGCUCGGACUCUAAAGCUGCUGGAGUUUACACUCAAUUUCUACAUUUCUCUGAUGUUAUCACCAUUACGUUCGAUUGGGAUGUUCUGGCAAAGUGAGGCAGGGGAUGCUGGUGUACUUGCGUGAGAUGUUUUCUGAUGGGGAAGAAGCAUGCUGUAGUGUGUUUAACAGUCAAACACUAAAUAGACAUUUAGUCUUUUUAUGCAUCGAAUGACAUCAGCCCAUUUACUGUCUUUAAUUUUGUCCACCUUUGUGGCCUCAUUCUGUUUAAGUUCCAAACAAUGCAGCUCUAGUCAUUUAAAGGUUAAUGAGUGGGUAUAUUUGGUGUAAUCAGGACAUUCUUGGUCAUAAUGCUGCAGCAAUUCUUAUUUAAAAUGUUAAUGUUUUUAAUUACUUAAACACAAUAAUAUAGUCUUGGAACAAGGUGGCACUAUCAACAGGACAGUAUUAAUGUAACUGCUUCAGCACUGCUGACUGAGCUGAUUCAUGUCUCCGCAACACCUCAGCACAUCAACUUCGAUAAUACCCCUUUACUCAGGGUUUUGCAUUUCUCUUGAAGUGGGACCCUUGUUUUUUGUCACUACCAGACCCACUGGUGUGUCCCCAUAAUAUUUUGAGUUUAUGCUUUAGCCCGCUGCUGGGACCCGACUUGCCUUGACUGUUUAAGGAAAGCAAUAUUACCUAGAUAAUGCUGAUGGUGUAACUUCUUUUUUUUUCAGCUCUUAAACACAAUUAUUUACAGUGUUUUAACGUUUGUAAUGCAUUCAUCAGUACCGAAAUAUGUGUGUACUUGGGGUAUUAAAUUGAAAUGAGUGGAAUUCCUUAUUUGAAAUUUUGUUGUAUACAAAUAAAUGAAUUGGUAAAUAAA